AGAGGAUAAGACUUAAGAGUGUGUUUUAUAGCUUAGUUCUGUACUUGUGUUGUGUGAGAUAGCCAGCCAUGUCGAUCUUUUCUAUUCCCUCACCAACGUACCGUUGUUCAAUUUCAAUUUCAAUUUCUCGGCAGCCAUUGCCAUGUUCUUUCACGGCUCAAGUGAGAAGAAGAGGGAAAGGGAAAGUGGUAAUGAGCAUGGAGGCAGGCAUUGGAGUGAUGGGCACCAAGUUGGGUAUGAUGAGCUAUUUCGAAUCCGACGGAGAGGUUGUUCCUGUCACUGUCGUGGGUUUCAAAGAAGGCAACAUCGUCACCCAGAUCAAAACUGAGGCCACCGAUGGAUACGACGCCGUCCAGGUUGGUUACCGAAGGGUCAGAGAUCGCAAAUUGACCAAACCCGAAAUCGGUCAUCUCCAGAAGGUCGGCGCCAUUCCCAUGCGCCAUCUUCAGGAGUUCCGUCUUCAAGCCGUCGAUGGCUUCGACCUUAACCAGCGCCUUCUUUUUGAUGAAAUUUUCAAGGAGGGUGAUCUUGUUGAUGUCUCUGGCACCACCAUUGGCAAGGGUUUCCAAGGUGGAAUCAAGCGUCAUAACUUCAAAAGGGGUCCAAUGACCCAUGGUUCCAAGAGUCACAGACAACUAGGAUCAAUUGGUGCUGGAACCACACCUGGUCGUGUGUACAAGGGAAAAAAGAUGCCUGGCCGGAUGGGAGGAACCAAGAGGAAGAUAAGAAAGCUUAAGAUUGUAAAAAUUGAUAAAGAUCUUAAUGUGGUCAUGAUCAAAGGUGCUGUCCCUGGUAAGCCAGGCAAUCUUCUAAGGAUAACUCCAGCCAAGAUUGUCGGCAAGAACAUUCCAAAGAAUUAGCAUAUCUUUUCUCUUAACUUGUCUGUGUAUUUGUUGUGCCUUCCUUUUAGCCUUUUAGUUGCAAGUUUAUGUAUACUACUAUUGCUUCUUUCAACCCACUACAUUCAUUGAGUUAUACAGCACCUUACUAGUAUGACUUCAGUAUCAUCUUACUCGAUACAAUUUUUGAUUUCCCACACCGCGGUUAUAUUUAUCGCCAGAGGUAGGGAAAUCAAAAUACAGAGAAUGAAGUACAAGUAAACCAAAACUUUCAA